AUGGAAACUGAAACUCAGCAUGCGCCAGAUGGCGAAUUUUCGCAUUCCCCAUGGGUGGAAGUAGGCGCAUUUGCUUCUCCCCAGCACUCGCCUCCGAUGCCAGAAUAUAGUGGAUUUGACUUUGGUACUUCCACGAUGGUAAUGGAUUCUCCCUAUGGCAUGUCGAUGCCGCCGCCGUAUGCCACUAUGCCGCUGCCUAUGCCUGCGCAUUCGUGGCCCAGCAUGCUUGCAACAAACCCGCCUUUUCCCGAGACCGGGAUGCACGUUUCCGCCCAUGCUUCGGUUUCGCCUACCACGCCAAUGCUCCAAGUGCGGAAGACCUCCACCGGAGGCUCUACACCGAGAAGGACCCUGACCGAUGAGGAUCGCCGACAAAUGUGUCUAUAUCAUGAGGAAAACAAGACUGCCAAGCAGACUGAUAUUGGAGGUGAGCACGUGGUUGUCUUGAAAUAUUACGGUACUAGGGCUGACUCUUCGUUACAGCGCUGUUUGGAGUGGAACGAAGGUACCUUUUGCAAUGUGCUUCUGGUGAUCAAAUCUAAUGCUUUCUUUUCUAGUACUGUCUCCAAAGUCUUACGCCAGAAGGAGAAAUAUCUCAACCCUGACGAUGGAAGUCGAUCUGCCAUCAAACGUGCUAAAGGCAGAGUCCCUGAUAUUGAGAAAGCUCUGGCUAAUUGGGCCAAAAAUUACCAAAGCCACGGAUAUCCCCUCAACGAUCAGCUGAUCAAGGAAAAGGCUCUUUUCUUUGCCAGCACCUGUGGCUGCCCUGAAGGAAAAGAAAAGGUCUGCACUACAGCUUGGUUGGAAAAGUUCAAGCACAAGAACAACCUUCUCGGCGCAAAGGUCCGCAGAGGGUCUGCGCCCCGGAGCAAUUCCAACAGCCCUACGAGAAUCAACACCAACUUUGGAUCUGCCUUGCAAAGCCCCACUGGAACCUCGCCAGCAUCUCCUAUCGAUGGAUUUGGAUCUCCAUUAUCCCCCAAGAGCCAAGAAGGCAUCAAACGUGACGUGGUCGACACACUCUCCGAUGUGACAGGUGGAUAUCAGCUUGGAUAUUCCAACAGCGCUGGCUCGAUCGAUACUUGUUCUUCAGCAGGCAUGAUAAGCCCAACCUCAACCUUGCUAUCAGAAAGCCCCUUCUCACCAACAAGCCAAUCCCGACUCUCCAACAACUCCAACCGGCCACGCAGCCAAACUUUCCCUCUCCCCAUCGACCCAAAUCUCCUCUCGGCCGAUGAGCACGUGCAACAACCAUCCAAGGACAAGAGCAAUCAGCCAUCUCUCUCCAUUGCCACUCUUGAAUCUCCCCUAGAGUUGGAUGAGUCAAAGAACCUGUUCGAUUCUCCAAAGCUCAUUAAGCGCAACCAGAGCAACCCGGAGUUCAAGAUCAAAUCCAUGCCCCCCUCAUCGUCAAACCCUAUUUCGCCAAUCAGCACGCCUGGUUCCCCAACUCAAGAAGAGGCUCGAAGUGCCCUUGAGCUGCUGAUCAACUAUUUCGAGCACCGGCCUGCUACUUUGGCCAACCAUGAAUAUGUUACCAUGGGUAGGCUGAUGGAGCGUCUGGAGCUCACUAGAGGCCCGGCUGGGAUGAUGAAUGGCUUGCCACGGAUCGAUGAGCAUGAGGAUGCUCCCCGCUUGACUAAGAAGAGGAGCAUCCAUAAUCUUGGAUGA